UCAAUUUCGCGAACAAAUUCACCUGGUCCCCAGUCAUUGUUAGAGACAGGUCUCACUAUAACACCAUAUUAUUUUAUUCUGUCUUUAUAGGUCGCUCGUAAGCUACUCCGAUGGCUGUUCGGGUCAGAACAGAAACAAGACGAUGGUUGCCCUCUACACUGAGCUACACCGCAAGGGCGUUUACGAGGUACUUAACCACAAGUACCUCGUGAGGGGCCACACGUUCCUUCAAAAUGACACAGACUUUAGCCAGAUCGAGAAGAGAAGGAAAAGCGCGGUGGUGUACUUACCAGAGGACUGGUGUAAAGUCAUCAGAGAGGCGAAUACAGUGAAACCGUUCGUGGUACGCGAAAUGAGGCAGCCUGACUUCAAAGACUGGAGGUCCUUCUUGGAAUCCAGGUACCAACCAAUAGCGAAGGACCGGGAUGGGAAGCGCGUCAGAAUCCUCGACGCGCAUUGGUUAAACUUUGGUUGGGGAGAGGAGAAAGAUCCUAUCACUGGGCAAACCCAAAUGGUCCACCAUCCAGACGAAGUUUGGGUAAGGUGUGGGUUUUCCACAGAUGAACCCUGGAAAAA